AUGGACACUGCUAUGGAAGCCAGCCUGGGCGCCACCGGCCGCGGGCCCCGCACAGACCUGGAUGAUGAGGACUCCUACCCCCAGGGUGGCUGGGACACAGUCUUCCUGGUGGCCCUGCUGCUCCUGGGGCUGCCGGCCAACGGGCUGAUGGCGUGGCUGGCUGGCUCGCAGGCCCGGCACGGAGCGGGCACGCGGCUGGCCCCGCUCCUGCUCAGCCUGGCCCUCUCAGACUUUCUGUUCCUGUCAGCAGCGGCCUUCCAGAUCCUGGAGAUCCAGCAUGGAGGGCACUGGCCGCUGGGGACGGCCGCCUGCCGCUUCUACUACUUCCUCUGGGGGGUGUCCUACUCCUCUGGCCUCUUCCUGCUGGCCGCCCUCAGCCUGGACCGCUGCCUGCUGACGCUGUGCCCGCACUGGUACCCUGGGCGCCGCCCGGCCCGCCUGCCCCUCUGGGUCUGCGCCGCGGUCUGGGUGCUGGCCACGCUCUUCAGCGUGCCGUGGCUGGUCUUCCCUGAGGCCGCUGUCUGGUGGUAUGACCUGGUCAUCUGCCUGGACUUCUGGGACAGCGAGGAGCUGCCCCUGCGGAUGCUCGAGAUCCUGGGGGGCUUCCUGCCUUUCCUGCUGCUGCUCAUCUGCCACGUGCUCACCCAGGCCGCUGCCUGCCGGGCCUGCACCUGCUGCCGCCACCAGCCUCGGCCCACGGCCCGCCAGGGCUUUGCCCGAGUGGCCAAGACCAUUUUGUCGGCCUAUGUGGUCCUGCGGCUGCCCUAUCAGCUGGCACAGCUGCUCUACCUGGCCUUCCUGUGGGACAUCUACCCUGGCUACCUGCUCUGGGAGGCCCUGGUCUACUCCGACUACCUGACCCUGCUCGACAGCUGCCUCAGUCCCUUCCUCUGUGUCAUGGCCAGCGCUGACCUCCGGGCCCUUCUGCACACGGUGCUCUCCUCCUUUGCUGCAGCUCUCUGCGAGGAGCGGCCGGGCAGCCUCAUGCCAGCCGAGCCACAGACCCAAGUGGCCUCUGAGGAUCUGAUUCUGCCGGGGCUAAUAGCUGAGGCCCAGCCCCAGCUGAACCCCACGGCCCAGCCACAGUCAGAACCCGCGGCCCAGCUACAGUCAGAACCCGCGGCCCAGCCACAGUCAGAACCCGUGGCCCAGCCUCGGCUGAACCCCACGGCCCAGCUACAGUCAGAACCCGCGGCCCAGCCACAGCUGAACCCCCCAGCCCAGCCACAGUCAGAUUCUGUGGCCCAGCCCCAGUCAAACACUAAGGCCCAGAGCCCUGGACCUGCUGCCAGCUCAGCCCCCAGCCCCUGUGAUGAAGCCUCCCCUGCCCCAUCGUCAAAUCCCACUCCAGGAGCCCCUGAGAACCCAGCCAUGCCUGCUGCCUCUGAGGGACAAAGCCCCAGCAGUGCCCCGGCAGAGGAGUCCCCCAGCACAGGCCCCGCAUGA